CCUGGAUCUACCGCCACAGCAGCCAAUCGUUGCCUGGCUGAGUUGGUAUCAGCUUGUACCUUGCCAUCCACAGCGAUUCGGUCGCAACCAGGCACAACUUCCCGGCAUACAAACUAGCCACAAUAACAACCUUGGAUGUUUUUUUGUCACGUUUAGCUUCUCGCAGUAUCUCCAAAGAACUAAAUGACUUGAUACCCGACUAACCAGCAGCUCUGGGAAUUGGGCUCUAUCCCUCUUGUGCUCAUUCAGAUCCAGGGCUUGCAUUACCUCUUCAUCGAGCUACCUCCAGCGAAGCUAUCAUUAUCCUUGCUCUUCUCGAUGGAGCCCUUUGGCUAUCUCCUCUAAUAGCCCUCCAUGGGGUCCUUCAACGGUUAUGUUACCGUCUACAUCCUUGGUGGAGUUACCUUCAUUCCGCUCAUUCUGAGCUUGAUACUCCUCCAUGCCCAUCUAACGUUCCCGAAAUUAUCGAAGCAUGGCAAGCCUGACGAGGAUCCCCGUGCCGACAGCAUCCGGCAUCCCACUGACGAUCAGUUUAGCUUAAAAACUGGCACAGAUGUUCUAGCAGAAAAGUUCCAAAGAGCCCAUGAGUCCGAUGUCGCCGCGGGAUACUUUGCGGUUUGUCGGGAAUAUGUUCCAGGAGGGGUCAAUGGGAAGCCUCCCGAACGGACCACUCCUGCCGGCGAGGUCGUAGCGGCGGAGAGCCCAAGUGUUUACCAGAGCAUGUACCGGAGUAUAUUUGAUCGAAAACAAGCUCCGACGAUCGACCCCGCCAAAGGAAAUGGGAAAAACACGAGGAAGGCAAGGAAUGUGUUUUACGUCAUUUUGAGACAUGGACAUUUAAUGUUAUACGAUGAUGCAGAACAAAUAGAAGUCCGUUAUGUGAUCUCGUUGGCUCACCACGACGUCAGCAUUUACAAUGGUGGAGAGCAGAUACCUGAAGGAGAGCUCUGGAUUAAGAGGAACGCCAUUUGUUUGACGAGGAAGCAAGGCUCAAUCCCUGAUGCACUGGAAUCGAGAUCCUCGACGCUGCCAUUUUAUCUCUUCUCGGAAAAUCUUUCUGAAAAGGAAGACUUCUAUUUUGCAAUCUUAAAAAACCUUGAGAAGAUUCCGGAUUCUCCACAUUCUCCUCCGACGCCUCAGCAUUACGAUGUGAAACAUAUCGUCACUCUCAUACAGCGGCUACAUUCGUCCGAAGAACACCUUCAGACACGAUGGAUCAAUGCGUUGAUGGGAAGGCUAUUUCUGGCCAUGUACAAAACUCCCGAUUUUGAAUCCUUUAUCAGGAAAAAGAUCACGAAGAAGAUAUCCCGAGUGACGAAGCCUAAUUUUAUCACGAAAAUUUCUCUUCAAAAGAUUGAUGCUGGGGAGGGAGCUCCACUUAUCACUAAUCCUAGACUCAGAGAUCUUACUAUUGAUGGAGACUGCUGUGUGGAGGCAGAUAUUAACUAUAGUGGAAAUUUUCGUCUAGAGGUAGCAGCCACUGCUCGCAUAGAGCUUGGUACGCGCUUCAAGCCUCGAGAAGUCGACCUGGUACUGGCAGUUGUGUUAAAAAGCUUAAAGGGUCAUGGCCUCUUACGAUUUAAACCCCCUCCUAGCAACAGGCUGUGGGUUUCUUUUGAAAGCAUGCCACAUAUGGAAAUGUCCAUAGAACCCAUAGUCAGCAGCAGACAAAUUACGUAUGGUGUGAUUCUUCGUGCCAUCGAAAGUAGGAUAAGGGAAGUGGUUGCGGAAAGUUUGGUUCUUCCAUUCUGGGACGAUAUACCAUUCCUAGAUACCGAACACGAAACCUUCCGUGGCGGCAUUUGGCAUCAUCCCCCCACGCCCCCGUCGAAAACAGUGAUUCCGGAUGAAACUGAAACCCAACAACAAAUACACGAUCUGGUGUCUCCGCUCGAUGCCGUAUCUACCAAAAAUGAUGCUACAAUCACUCCGCCCUCGCCAGCUUUAACUGACCAAAGUUCAAAGUCUAUACCUUCCAACCUGGGAGAAUUGGGCUUGUCAGUAUCCUCCGGCGUGGACAGAAUAAAUCGACUGGACCCUCCUCGAGUUAUCCGAUCUCGAACAUUUUCAAACGUUGCCGGCCCUGUUGUUACAGCAGAUACUGUGGAGGUUGAUCAUUCCGUCUGGGAUUCGAAGUUGGAGGAAAAGGAUGCAACAACCGCUAUGAUUGAGAUUUCUAACCGCUCCCAGCCAAACUCGCCUGCAGGAACACCCGUUGGCUCGCCUCCGAUAGAAUCGUCCUCAUUUCACAAAAGAUCGGCGACGCGCAGAUGCAGCAGUAUCUCUGAUGAGACCAGACCAAUUGAUAUUACGCCCCGUACACCUUCGAUUCCCGAUCGAUCUUCUCCAGCUACGCUAUCCAUAUCUAGUAGUCCACGUAGUUCUAGCUUGUCUUUGAAAAGUGAGACUACAAAACAAAACACUACAUCUGGCCCGCAGCCUAGCAUUGACAUCACAAGUGUCAAACCCCCUGAACGGCAAGUUAUAGGAUCAAUAGGAUCAGCAGCUGCAGCCGCUCGAAAAUGGGGUUUGAAUGUUCUUAAGCGGAAUGGGGAGCCAUCCUCAAGGGGAGACAACAGAACACCAAUGCCAGACCAUCCUAUUGGGCGAGGACGCCCUCUGCCCCCACCAGGCAUGCCUCUCCCACCUCCAGACAGGUUUGGCUUCUUGUCUAAUCCUUCCAUGCCGAAACGUAAACAAUUGCCGCCACCUCUUUUACCCGAACGUCCACAGAAGGCUUCUCGUCCCGUCCCUAAACCUCCACUCCCGAGUCGUGGUAACCUUUCUAUAAGGGGAAGCCAAGAACAAGUGUUAGACGAACUUUUGAUCAUCGAAGCUCCUCUUGGAUCAGAACCAACAACGCCAGUUACGGAUCUUGCUCCUAGAAACAGCAAUGACAAUGACAACAAUACUGAAACGAUGACCGCUAACGACACGGGAAGCAAUUUGCCUCCAACAGAAGAUAAGGCUUCUGUAGCAGCGACUACAGAGUCAGUUGGCGCUGAGAGUAGCAUGGACAGCGACCCAAAGCCACUGGAGGAUGACACGCAGUCCACGGGCACUCCCUCCACAAAGGAUGAGACGAUAGCAAAACCCUCCUCUGUGCCAACUCCUAACGAACACACCCCAGAUAUCCUUUUCCAUUCAUGAGGCAGCUGCCUACGUGCAGCUUUAUUGUUUUAUUCUUUUCGAUUGAUACUGUGCAUCUAGUUUAGGUGCCAAGUGAGUUGGUUGGAUCUCGUUAUUCCUACUUCCUUUCGUUCUUUCUUUCCCCUUUUUUCUUUCCUUUCGGUUUUCUCUGGACGAUUCAUGGGGAGCAUUCAUUCGUAUGGAGUUGGUUGACUAGAGUUUGUCACGGCUUAUUUUUAAUUGGAUUUUUUAGGUUUUUCAUAUAAUAACUUAUAUUCCUCAUGGUAGGUGUAGCUGGCAACCGCGACCAGACGACGGUAUUGCCUAUAUUAGUUGCUUACAUCGCCCUUGUUGGCUUAGAGAGUUAGCAAUUGAAAUUAGAUUAUAAUCCAAUUUCCAUUUUAGGAACCGUUGUGUGAUCUUUAUUCCCAUUUUCCGUAUGAUUGUUUGAGG